UCUCGGGUCAUCGGGUACGCUACAUUCCGCUGCCAUUGGGGGGGUGGGUUACUGGAAUAGCUGUUUCCUAGCAGUCGAGUACAACAACGACCGAAAAGAAAAUACCAUAAUUAAUUCAUUUCAGAGGGACCGUGUUUGACAGCAGACAGGAUCUGUGCCAGUAACACCGAACUCCAGUCGGUCUCUGCUUCCCUUCUAAGCCAGAGAUGGCAGCCGAGAAGAACGAAUACACCCUUGUGACAGGGGAAUCCUCUCCACCCUUUCUCCCUGGGCAAGCAGCGUUUCCUGUCGCAUUUGAUGGGAACAAGCCCGACACACACAUGAUGGGGUCUCUCCAUUUUCCUCCACCGACUGCGUUUGGACCGGCUGGGGGUUUUGGAAUGGGCAUGAACCCUGUCGCAUUUGAUGGGAACAAGCCCGACACACACAUGAUGGGGUCUCUCCCUUUUCCUCCACCGACUGCGUUUGGACCGGCUGGGGGUUUUGGAAUGGGCAUGAACCCUCAGGGCGGCCCUGGAUACUUUUCCAACCCCCACACCCCUUCGCCUUAUUCUCCACCUGGCCCCGACUUUAAUGUCAACAUCAAUGAUGAUGGUUAUCACCACAGCCAGGAGGAUCCGCCACCCUUUGAUGACAAUGAAGAUUUUAUGGUUGGAUUGGAUAACAAAAGCAUAAGAAGAGCCUUCAUUCGAAAGGUAUUCUUGGUGUUGACUGCUCAGCUGAUGGUGACCUUCGCUUUUGUGGCUGUUUUCACCUUUGUGGAAGAAAUCAAGGCAUUUGUCAUGGUGAACAUCUGGACUUACUAUGUGUCCUACGGUGUCUUCCUUGUGUCUGUCUGUGUGAUCAGCUGCUGUGGAAACGUACGCCGAAAACAUCCGUGGAACCUAGUUGCACUAUCCAUCCUGACUCUCAGCAUGUCCUACAUGGUGGGGAUGAUCGCCAGCUUCCAUGACACUGACACAGUAGUCAUGGCAGUGGGCAUCACAGCAGUUGUGUGUUUCACAGUGGUCAUCUUCUCCCUCCAGACCAAGUAUGACUUCACUUCCUGCCACGGUGUGCUUUUCGUCUGUUUGAUUGUCCUGAUCCUCUUCGGAAUCCUCUGCAUCUUCAUCCGUGACAGGAUUCUGCACAUUGUGUAUGCUGGACUGGGAGCGUUGCUCUUCACCUGUUUCUUGGCGGUGGACACACAGCUGCUGCUUGGCAACAAGGAACUGUCCCUGAGUCCAGAAGAAUACGUCUUUGCUGCUCUUAACCUGUACACAGAUAUCAUUAACAUCUUUCUUUACAUUCUCGCUAUUCUUGGCAAAGCAAGGGGGAACUGAGCAGGUAGAGCUACUAGCUACUGAUUAAACAAUACUGAACGAAAUUUGCUUUCAAGUUCAUAUAUGAAGUUUUGUUUUUUUAAAGUUUCGAGUCUUGUAGUUGCAGUGAUCACAUAAUGGUUUCCUUUUUUUCCUCACCCUGUGUAUAUGUUCUUUUUUAUGAUGUUUUUUAUGAUGAUAUUAAUAGAGUGUCUAUGUGGUAACCUUUUGGGUUUAUUAUUAAACUUGUAUAGUACACAGUAUGACCCACAGUUUAAAUCUUUAUUUAUUUUACUUCACUUUAUAUUAUACUUAAUGUCACAGAAACAGACAGAAACCGAAUGAACAUUUGACAACA